AUGGAAACAGACGCAUCCAACGUUCCACUCCCUACAAAUGAAGAUCUCUCACCCACAGAACAAGAUUUACUAGAUGAAUAUGAACGAUUAGCAGAGAACAUGAAGACUCUAGCGCAUACACUCGAAACUCUCUCGAAUAACCCGACGGCAUUUAUACUAGAUAAUUUGCGCCAGUUGGAACGGAAGACGAGUUUGGUUUUUACGUUGUUGAAGGCGAGUGUUUAUAGUAUUGUUUUGCAGCAGCAGAUUAGUGAGGAGAGGGGUGGUGGGGAUGAAGGGGAAGGUGGGAGUGAGGAGGGGGAGGAGAGGUAUGAGUAG